GCUAUUCUUCAUCCUUCUCAGAGGUGGUGAUGUUUGAAAAUCGUUUCCUUCGCGACAUACAGUACUGUGAUUCGUCGUCGGGACCUGUGUAUUGGGAAAAGUGAGAAGCACAUCAUGGCUGAUAGCAAAGGAAUUUUGUACCUGCAUUUAUUCGGAGAAGUCGCUGGACGAACUGGCGUCUAUGGUCUAGUUGAUGUUCCGAAUGAUUAUAUGCCGGAUAAAUUUUGGGUGGAGUUCCCGAAGUGCGAACCUUUGCACCUGAAAACCCUAACGCCUUCUCAGCUGUUGACGAAGUUUGGAGCUUGGGGUUUCCGGUUGGAAGCAGUCCUUCAGGUCUCGAGUCAAGACGCUACGAAGCUCGCGACGGAGGGUUGUUUCGGUUUGAAUACUGCUGCGCCGACUCAACGCCCCAUUUUCUGCUGGAUCCUGUGCCGAUAUCCAACUGCGACAUCCUUUAGAUUCAAUGAGAAGAGGCAAAAGCGACAAGGGCCAGUUGAAGUAUGUUUCAAUGAUGUUACAACGGAAUCAUCGCAAGAAAUCAAGAAGGCUUUGAAGGAAGCGCAGUCUCAAGGAGACGUUCCAUCAGCUUUGGCGGACGAAGACGAAGUUCCAGAUAAAGCUCUGGAGACACGCGCAGUCGUUUCAGUUACUUUCUCCUCUUGUCACUUCUCUCCUGGAUCAUGUGUCUUGAACUUGCCGUAAAUCAUGGUCAACGUGCUGACGUCGCGGUCUUCUGGAGAAAAAGUGCAGUUCUUCGUGAAUUUAGUCUGCGGUUUGGGGGGUCUUCGGAAGGGAUAGUUUUCAAUCACACAUGAAACUGCGGGUUAUUCUGCCAUAUCUCCCUGAGGAGCAUGCAGUUCAGAGGAAAUCCACGACGUAUAUUCUAGAAGUAAUCGGUAUACAAGUGUGUGGUGACUCAAUUUCGCUGUGGCUUUCUUCGGUAUUUUCAUUUGCUAUUCAAAGUGACACAUUUGUCUCCCCCUGGUUCCUGUCUUUUUUUGUCGAACUUUUGCUGUUGAUGAAAUUGAUGUAGAACGACAGUACUGAACAUUGAUUUCUUCGAGUAGUUCUUUUGACUCUUUCCGAUGCCGGCGAAGUCGUUAUUCUGCACAUCCAGUCCUGAGC